AUGUCGGGUGCGACGGGAGCCGCCGGGGGUCACACGCCGGCCCGCCCGUCCGCCGCGGCAGCCAUGGGACCGCGGGAGCCGCACCGCCGGCUGGAGGCGGUGCUCGGCGCCCUCUACGACCUGGGUGGGGGCCGGGGAGGGGAGGGGGCAGGGCGUGGGCGCUCUGGAGCGGAGCGGCGGCGGCGCGGAGCUGACCCAUGGCAUGUGCUCGGCACAGGUGAGGAGCCCGGCGGCGCCCGGCGCGCUGCAGGGGACGGCGAAGCGAGAGCAGUGCCGCCGGCAGCGGAGGAAGAAGAGGAGAAGGAGGAGGAGAGACGGGAGUCGCAGCCGGCGGCGGGCGGGCGGCGCGGGGCCCGCGGCUUCUUCGGGGAGUUGCGGGCCGAGCUGAGCGCCGCCGGCAGUGCCCCGCCGGCCCCCGCCGCCCCGCCCGCCGUGGAGGUCGUGGUGUUCCGCGGGAGGAAGAGGAAGGAGCGGCGCGACCCCUCGGCAGCGCCCGCCGGCGGAGCACAGACCCAGAUAGUGAAUGAAGAGAAAAAUGCAGUCAGACAAGAAUUUAACUUUGAGAAGGCUCGCCUGGAAGUGCACAAGUUUGGAAUCACUGGCUACAAGAAGCAGGAGCAACGUGUUUGGGAACAGGAGCGUGCUAUCAUGCUGGGAGCCAAGCCCCCCAAAAAGACGCAUAUGAACUACAAGACUUUCCAAGAGAAACUGAAAGAGAAAAAAGCAGUGAAAGAUGCUGAUAAGGAAAAGGAACAUAAAGGUGAUUCUAUUAAGAAGAGGAAGCAGAAAGAGCAGAAGGAGAGGAAGGCCAAGAGGAAGAAAUCAGUGCCUAGCAUUUGGCCUGCAGGACAAGUUGGAAAAUUCAGAAAUGGGACCUUGAUUCUGCAAAGCCGUGACAUAAAGAAAAUUAAAUCAUCUAAAGUUAGCAAAUGAACUUCAUGAUACAGAGUGAAAUGGACAAUAUGCCUAAGAGAAUUCACAUUGCUACCAAAACAGACUUCUGGGGCCUUUUGCCUAUCCACCAUACCCUAAUUUUUUAAUCUUAUUUGUUAUUACAGGAUUUUUAUGUACCAUUCUGCCUUGGGAUGAAGAUUAGAAUUUACCAUUUUAUAAAUAAAGAUUAGAGUUCUUAUUAAGAAGGUUAUAAGGCUAUUUUUAUUAGUCAAUAUGUGCUGAAGAAAACAUUUCUUUUUGUAGAAUCAGCUUAUUGGCUGUAAGUAAAAUAAUCAUUUAAUCCAUAAAUUAAUGGAUUAAUAUAAAUAUUUCUUUUAUACUGAAGGAAUUUUGAAAAAGCAAUAUCUUACUCACUCUGAACUGGAAGUAGGUGUUCUCCAAACAUUUAUUGGACAUAAAUAUGUUUCUGUAUCCUUAUGGAUUAUUAGUUGAUAGUGGAACUGCACAAUGAUUCUUCUGUCCAGAAAAACCUCUUAAUGUUUCAAAAUUUCCUGCUUUGCAAUGAAGAUAAUACUUUUCUGAAGUUUUGUCCCAGGCAAGCAUUACACACUCAUCUUGUGUAUCUCUGCAGAGAUCUCCAAAUAAGCACUUUGGAUUAGGGC